GGCGGCGGGCAGGCUGAGCGGCGGCGUGAGGCGGCGGCGGUGGGGAGCUGGCAGCCCGGAGCCGGCAGCCCGCGGCCGGGCCGGCGGCUGGGGGAGCGGGACGGGGCCCCCGCGGCCGCCCCGCUGGUCCUUCGCGUUCCCGGGUGGCGCUGAGCGCUCCGCGUCAAAGGGUUGGGCCCUCCGUCGGAGGCAGACGGUCUCCUUCCUUCUGUCGCGACAGGACGCGCGCCCCCGCCGUGCCCCGCCGCUGAUACCGCCGUUCGCCCCCUCCCCGAGAGCGCCCCGGCGGGGCGCGGGAUGGUGCGGCGGGCGCUGCCCCUGCUGCCGUGACGGGGCCGCGCCGCUGCCCCGUGCCUCCCCCCCGGCAGCGCCGGGCAUGCCGCUGCCCGCCCGCCCCGCCGCCCGCUGCCGUCAGCUGGCCCCCGCGGGCCCCGGGAUGGGCCCCGGGAGCUGAGCCGCCGGGGAGGCCGGGGGAAGCGACGGGGAGGAUGAGCCACGUGGGGAGCCCGGUGAGAGCCUAUGAUUUCCUGCUGAAAUUCCUGCUGGUGGGGGACAGCGACGUGGGCAAGGGGGAGAUCCUGGCCAGCCUGCAGGACGGGGCCACCGAGUCGCCCUACGGCUACAACCUGGGUAUAGAUUACAAGACUACAACGAUUCUUCUGGAUGGCCGACGAAUCAAGCUACAGCUCUGGGAUACAUCAGGACAAGGGAGAUUCUGCACUAUAUUUCGGUCUUAUUCAAGAGGUGCUCAGGGAGUAAUACUAGUGUAUGAUAUUACAAAUCGAUGGUCAUUUGAUGGAAUCGAUCGAUGGAUAAAAGAAAUAGAUGAGCAUGCUCCUGGUGUACCAAAAAUCCUCGUUGGAAAUCGCCUUCACUUAGCCUUCAAGCGCCAAGUGUCUACUGAACAAGCACAAGCCUAUGCUGAGAGGCUGGGCAUGACUUUUUUUGAAGUCAGUCCACUUUGUAAUUUCAAUAUUACAGAGUCCUUUACUGAGCUAGCAAGAAUAGUAUUGAUGAGACAUGGAAUGGACAGGCUCUGGAGGCCGAACAAGGUACUGAGUCUGCAGGACCUUUGUUGCCGUGCCAUAGUUUCCUGUACCCCUGUGCACCUUGUGGACAAGCUCCCUCUCCCUGUUGCCUUAAGAAGCCACCUCAAAUCUUUCUCCAUGGCAAAUGGCCUUAAUGCCAGGAUGAUGCAUGGACGCUCGUACUCCCUCACAUCCAGCAACAUCAAUAAAAGGAACAGCUUAAAGAAAGCUAAAAUUAUCCGUCCACCACAGAGCCCACCAAAAAACUGUACCAGAAACAGCUGUAAAAUUUCUUAAGCUCUCUAUGGGAAGAGGAACCUGAAUGGAAUCCCCUCCUGUGAAGCGUGGAACACGAAGGCUCCUUGUUUAAAGGAUGAGCGUGCUCUGUGUAUGUAUCUAUAACAGUACAUAGACAAAAAUAAGGAAAGUAAGUCUUAUUUUAGAGUUUGCUCACUACAGUAAUGCUGCUUUGGAAUGAAUGACAUGUUUGGUGCAACUGAAAGAAUGUGACAUGUUGCUGUCGGAUUUUCAUACUGCAUUUUAGUUUCUGAUGUGCAUGAUGCCAUUGUUUUUACAAGUAGCUGUGUUUUCAUACAGGGGAUAAUUAUCAUCACAUUCAGUUCUUAAUUCCAUGAAAUCUGGAAAGUGACUUACUGUGUAAUUGUAUAAAAUCCUGUCUUUGCAAACUGUUAGAAAAUAUAAAAGUGUCAUUGGUUUGCAUAUUCAGGCAGAGUUUUUUAUACACAAUGUAUUGUAUACAUUGUUAAAUUCUACAAAUCGCGUGACAAUUACUGCAAUUGUGCAUUUGGAUUUUUUUCGUAAAGCUUCCUUGGUAACUUUUGAAGCACUAACUUAACUAAGCUAAAAAUGUCUAUAUAAUUAUAAUGCACAUACACAACAAGGUUUUGUCCCGUUAGUGUAUGUAAUAGAUUUGAUAAAGUUUUGGUAUGUUAUUUAAUACUUUGGGGAAUUAAUUUGUGAUUUAAAUACUUAUUUUUCUGUAAAAAAAUAUAUAUAUAAAUAAUUACAUUUUAUACCACUCUACAAGAAAGUUCUAGGAGGAAAAUGCCAAAGACCUUCUGGUAAAAGCAAUGUGACUUGAUGAGCUGCUUUAUAAGGAAAGAAUACUAUUUAAAAAAUAAUAAAUAAAUGUGUCUGAAAAAAGAAACCCUAUUAUGCUGGUUUUUAACUGGGGAAGGUUGUCUUUAUCUUCCUUUAGAAGAAUUUAAAGAACGAUAUACCUGAACUAGACACCAGGAAUGUGAAGUCAUCCUAAAAGCAUCAUGUAAUGCUUUUGAUACAUCUGUCUUCAGUCUUGUUAACUGAAAUACGGAAGAAUAAUACAUGUAAAGCCUUCCA